GUGAUUCGCUUUCCUGCUCCUUUAAAGCAGCCACAUGCAGCCGAGAGCCGGCCACAAUCACAGCUCUCAGCAGAGGGGGAGCCAGAUCCGGGCGUGCCUGGGCAAUCUGUGCUGAGUCUGUCUUCUUUCCAUCCCUGCAGCACUUUCAGAGCCUUAAGUUUUGCAGCGAGAGAGAAGGGGGGGCGGAAAUCUUUUAAAAAAUGGCUGGGGCAAUUAUAGAAAACAUGAGCACUAAAAAGCUGUGCAUUGUUGGAGGGAUCUUACUGAUUUUCCAAGUCAUCGCCUUUCUAGUGGGAGGUCUGAUUGCUCCAAGUCCCACUUCGGCUGUGCCCUACUUGUCAAUAAAAUGUGUAGAUGUCCGGAAAAACCACCACAAAACCAAAUGGCUAAUGCCCUGGGGACCCAACCAGUGUGAGAGGAUCCGAGAUCUUGACGAGGCAAUGAGCAGACAAAUAGAAGCCAAUGACAUUGUGUUUGCUGUUCACAUCCCCCUCCCCACCAAGGAGAUGAGUCCGUGGUUCCAGUUCAUACUUGUUAUCCUGCAGCUGGACAUUGCGUUCAAGAAAAAUAAUGAGAUAAAAGACAAUGCAGAAGUUACACUUGAUGUGUCCUUGGCCUAUCGUGAUGACAUGUUCAGUGAAUGGAAAGAAAUGGCACAUGCGAUAGAGACCCGAAAGCUAAAAUGUUCUUUUGCCUCUCCAAAAACCAUAGAGCAUGAAGGCCGAUACUAUGACUGUGAUGUGCUCCCUUUCAUGGAAAUUGGAACUGUGGCUCACAAAUUCUACCUCCUCAACAUUCGACUCCCUGUGAAUGAAAGGAAACUAAUUAAUGUGGGAAUUGGGGAAAUAAAGGAUGUUCGCCUGGUGGGUAUCCAUCAAAAUGGAGGUUUUACAAAGGUAUGGUUUGCAAUGAAAACCUUCCUCACGCCCAGCAUCUUCAUCAUCAUGGUUUGGUAUUGGAGACGGAUCACGAUGAUGACACGCGCUCCUGUCCUGCUGGAAAAGGUAAUCUUUGCUCUUGGGAUUUCCAUGACGUUCAUAAACAUCCCAGUAGAGUGGUUUUCCAUUGGAUUUGACUGGACUUGGAUGUUGCUCUUUGGAGAUAUUCGACAAGGAAUCUUCUAUGCCAUGCUUCUGUCAUUUUGGAUAAUCUUUUGUGGAGAGCAUAUGAUGUUAUGCAGCUCGAAAUCUGGGAUGCCAUAUCCCACCAUGGAUAUGCACAGAGCUGACACAAAACAGCACCUAGAUCAAAAUGAACGAAAUCGUUUUUCUGGGUACUGGAAACAGGUUGGGCCCAUAGCUGUUGGUGCCUUCUGCCUUUUCAUCUUUGACAUGUGCGAGAGAGGGGUACAACUGAAAAAUCCAUUCUACAGUAUCUGGACCACAGAUGUUGGCACGGAGCUGGCUAUGGCAUUUAUUAUAGUUGCAGGAAUCUGCCUUUGCCUCUACUUCCUGUUUUUGUGUUUUAUGGUGUUUCAAGUGUUCAGAAACAUUAGUGGGAAACAAUCCAGCCUCCCAGCAAUGAGCAAGGCUCGCAGGCUUCAUUAUGAGGGGCUGAUUUUUAGGUUCAAGUUCUUGAUGCUCAUCACUCUGGCCUGUGCAGCAAUGACUAUCAUCUUCUUCAUUGUCAGUCAGGUGACUGAAGGCCAUUGGAAAUGGGGGGACUUCACAAUACAAGUGAACAGUGCCUUCUUCACUGGCAUCUACGGGAUGUGGAACCUUUACGUCUUUGCUCUUAUGUUCCUAUAUGCUCCAUCACACAAGAAUUAUGGUGAAGAUCAAUCAAAUGGUGACCUGGGAGUAAGUAGUGGGGAGGAGCUUCAGCUCACCACCACCAUCACCCAUGUGGACGGGCCAACCGAGAUUUAUAAGCUGGCUCGCAAGGAGGCUCAGGAGUAACUCCUGGAACACCUCACUUGGGACAAACGCAAUGAAGUACAAUACACAGAUUGAGACAACAGCCUCCUUGAGGACACAUCAGAAGUAACUCUACAACUGCCCAGUAUUUAUAGUGUGUUCACUGAGCGGUGGCACUAAAAUAGAACCUCUGUAAACUCUCUUUAAUAUAGUAUAUUAUCUCUGGGGGAGGGCAGGAUAUGUAGUCUAUAUUUUACGCAGACACGCUAAAUGAACACUAAGGGUGCAAAGUGAAACCUUCAAGAGUUAAAAGCCAGGAUUAAUGUUGCCUGCGGAACCUUAAUUUGAAUACUUGUGUGUAUGCAGGAUGAUAGUCUUUAAUUACUGGGGUUUUUACACAGGACUCCUGCCUCAUUCAAUGCACAAAAUGGAUAGUGCUCACUUAAGAAGAAGUAUUUAGUAUUUUGUUUUCUUAGUGUGCAAUUUCCUCAUAAACACACAGAAAACGCAAAAUUAUAUUCUGUAUCUAACCAUAUUGACACCCUCUCUCCCUACCCCCCCAGUUAGGUCACUAGCAGGGUUCAGACCUUUAGAUCUGUAGCACAGACCUCUGCCACUUAAGCUAACAGUGACUGGUAGCAGUAGUAGGCUGUUACCUGAUGUGUGAACUAGGCACUAAAGACGGGAGAGAUGCACAUUUUACUAGUAGGUUUCACAGCUAUUUGCUGACAGAGGAAUGUAGAAACUCUGGACUCCUGGAUUCUUUUCCAAGUCCUGGAGGGGAAUAUACUCCAGUGGUUAUAGACCUUUCUGCCCUUGUGUCCCGCAACUUUUUUGUAUCCUCCUAUCUGCCCCACACCCAUUGGGCUCCUGAACCCCCUUCUCUCCCCACCCCUCCUUCCUCCAUUUCUCAUUCCUCUGCAUUCCAGUGAUGGCUCCUUCUCAUCCAUGAUGCCUGGGUGUCAGGAGAGGGAGCAAUGAGGACACAGGAGAGACUGUUUCCGUCCUCUGUUGCUGUGGCACUGGGCACAGGAUCCUGCAGCAGCUGGGAGGAGCAGUUGCAGGGCAACUCCUACUCGAUGCCUGCAGCACUAGCAUGGAACAUACUCAGCAGAGAUGGAAUGUCUGGAGAACUUAGCUGCCAAAUCGGCACUGAACAUGUGAGAACCAGUAUUUUUCAGUGUCUCGUAACUUGGCCAAACUUCCUAACCAGCUCUUAGACUCUUUGGGGAGUUUAGCUCUGGCAAUGUCUCAUCCCUCUGUAGAGCUUGGUCCAUGCAGAGGAUGACAGUCUACUGCUAUCCAUUGCUCAAGUAAUAGAGGUUUGUGCUGUGAACCUAAAGGUUCCAAAUCUGCUGAUGACUCAUGCGUAAUAAGUCUGUUCGUCACUGAGGUCAUGGAAGUCACAGACUCCGUGACUUCCAGAGACCUCUGAGACAUUCUCUGCUUCAGCCCGAGGGGCUGCAGGACUCUGGAGCUGACAGCCAGUGGGGCCCUGGCAGGGUUCCAGUGACAAGUGACAGCCUUGCAUGGGGAGAGGGGGUCACUUCGGGCAAAUGGCUGGGGUGUCCCAUUUUCUCUUUGGGAAAUGUGGUCACCCUGCAGCUCCCAGUUGCCAUGGACAGAGGAGGGCACAAUCAUUUUUCAGUUGGCUUUUUUCUUUUUUUUUUUUUUUUAAAAAGCCUGGUAAAUCACACACAAACUACAGUAUUGCUAAGGUUGCAAAGUCAAGCACUCAGUUAGGAAAUGCCAGUAUUAAGCUUGUCUGUGUAACCUUAAUAUGACUCUCUUGGACAUACACAUUAUGAUGUAUUUUUUAAUUAAUGAUCUCGCACUAUUUCCUGCUCCCCAUAGGCCCCCUCUGCCUUAUCCAGUGCAGAGGAUGGACCUGCUGUGGGGAUAAGUCAGGGAUGUGCAGUGAAGGACAUUGCUGUCUGUAGCAUCCCCAUCACUAAAUGUGCGUGUUUCAGUUUCUGGCUGCUCACCUUGAGAUACCUAGGACCGAAUUUUCAGAAGUGCUAGGUGCUCCAACUGAAAUCGAGUGGUGCUCUGCUUUGAGCAUAGAUUGUAAAGUGCUAUGAAAAUGCCAAAUCUCCUAAAAACAAGGCUCUGGGCUUCUCAAAUUCGGUACCAAAAAUUAAUGGAACUUUGACAAUUUUCUCCAUAAUUUCUGUGCCUCAGUUCCCCAUCUUAUUAUUAAUUUUGUAUCCAGUGCAGAGUUUGGAUGGGUUUUGUCAAAUAGAGCCUGGACCCACAUUGAGGAGAAUAAAAGAAGAUAUUGAAUAAAUAUAUGCUCACAUAAUGAGACAGGGGUCCUCUGGAGAAAAUAUAGAUAAGCAUAUAAUUAAAGACUGUAACAUAACACACAUAUUCCCAAGGGGGCAGAGCACUUCCAUUCUCAAUUCUGGCAUUUCACAACUUUUAAAGGCUUGACUCUGCAACCUUAACCUACUUUAACUUUAGUUUUUUAUCUAAUAUCUAUGUACCUAGAAUAAAUUCAUCCUGAUUUCUUUUAUAGUAUAGUGUAACAUUGCAUGUUGUAAAGAUUGAUUUACAAAAGACUCAUUGCAGCUUCAAAACCAAAUCUCGUGUGUCCAACACUAACAAGUCUGUUAUGGUGUAGAUAUCUCUUUAUAUUUGCUAAACUACUAAGUGCCACUUGCACACCAGAAAUAGCCCCUGGGUCUUAGUAAAUUGUUCGUUGUAUGUUCCCUUUUUACAAAAUGCUUUAAGCAACCUGGAAAAAAUGUAGUUUUGUUAAUUUAAAUAAAAUAUACAAUAUUGUG